UGUUAGGCAAGAAAAAUGAUAGUCUUCCUCAACCUCAUCUUCUGGGCAGCAGCAGGCAUACUGUGCUACGUGGGAGCCUAUGUGUUCAUCACAUAUGACGACUAUGAUCACUUCUUUGAAGAUGUCUACACGCUCAUUCCAGCAGUUAUUAUCAUAGCUGUAGGAACACUUCUUUUUAUUAUUGGACUUAUUGGAUGCUGUGCCACAAUUCGUGAAAGUCGCUGUGGACUCGCUACGUUUGUGAUCAUCCUGCUCCUGGUUUUCAUUACUGAAGUUGUGGUGGUGGUUCUUGGAUACAUCUACAGAGCAAAGGUGGAAGAUGAAGUUGAUCAUAGCAUUCAAAAGGUAUACAACGGAUACAAUGGGACAAAUCCUGAUGCAGCCAGUCGUGCUAUUGACUAUGUACAGAGGCAGCUGCGCUGUUGUGGGAUCCAUAACUACACAGACUGGGAGAAUACUGUCUGGUUUAAACAAACUAAGAACAACAGUGUGCCACUUAGCUGUUGCAAAGCAACUCUCAGCAAUUGUACUGGCAGUUUGACCCGUCCACUGGACCUUUAUUCUGAGGGCUGUGAGGCUCUGGUUGUAAAGAAGCUUCAAGAGAUAAUGAUGUAUGUCAUCUGGGCAGCACUAGCAUUUGCUGCUAUUCAGCUUCUGGGCAUGUUGUGUGCUUGUAUAGUAUUAUGUAGAAGGAGUCGGGAUCCUGCUUAUGAACUUCUCAUCACUGGUGGAACCUAUGCCUAGAGGACAAUGUGAACAACGUGGUUCAAUCUUAUCUCACUUGUGUGGAAGGUGAACGGGCCAGGUCUACUGCAAUAGUUUGCUUGUCCUAAGCUUAGUCAGAGCACACCUUUCACAGAUGAGGAGAGCUGUACUGUACACUGGUGACGGGCAAAGCAACUCAGCUUUACACACACCCAUAUAUACCUGUGACUUUCACUGUUCUAGCCAGCAAUUCAUGUAUCUAAAUGUUUUAAUAUACUAGUAAACUUCCUGAUUUCAAAACUAUUUGCAAGUUAAGUGUAAAUUGGCUGAUGUGGAAGUCAAAGGAUGUGUGCCUACUUUGGUAGAUUACCUCUAAGCAUUAACUGACUGAUUCUUGCAUAGAGAGAUAAUUUGUUAAACCUUCACUACAUGGAACUUUUUUGGCCAAAGUUGUACAAAGGAAGCCAGCUGUAUUUAAUUUGAGAAGUAUUUUAGUCUUGCCCCUCACCAGUGUCAUUUUUUAAAAACACUUAAGUGAAGUCCAGUACUCUUUAUAUAUAAAUAGUAAAACAAAAACUAACCAAAAUCUUAGGAUCAUGCGACUGCAGUUUCGACCUUCAGAGAUCAAACCUUUCGAGCAUUAGUGUUUUAAAAUACAAGCUGGCUUUUCAGGAGUAUAAUGUAUGCACUACUGUUCUAUAAUGAAAUAUUUCAUUUUUCUAUGAGGAGCGGUUUUAUGUGUUGAGUGACCUGUUAGAGUGUAGCUCUUAAACUGGUUUGGAAAUAAUGUAGCCAUGUAGAGUAGCAAAGUAGUAUGUGAAAGUGAUCUCAACUGUAAAUAGUAAACCUGAUUAAAUAAAUCUCUGUAUAUCCGCCCUAUAAUUGUCUGGUUUUUCUAUUUAAGAUUCCAGUGUAUUGGUUCAAAUGGAGUCUGCAAGUGCUGUAAGCUUUAAUGUAUGAAAGCACCUGUUUUAAAUAGAGAUUUAAGUGAAUUCACUUAAGGUUUGUUGGGAACUUGUGUUUAUAUCAGAUGUGUUGUUUUUAUUUGAUGUGGUACUGAAGAAACACAGCAGAACAAACUUAGUUAAACUUAGUGGAAAGUUAGCAGCUUGUGAGCAGGAUUAGGGAAGAAUCUGUAAUUUCUCAACAGUUGGAGAUAAAUACUGUUAUAUUUUAAUUACAUGUUAAUCUGUCCUGUGUUAUUCAGAUACUUUGUCAUUGCUGUUUUCAAAGGUUUCAGUUACCUCUGCAGAAGACAGGAAUGUUCAGAACUUCUACUGCUUUUUCUUAUGCUCUUUAUUAUGCAAAAUAGAUUUGUUCACCCACAUUGAUUGCAACAUAGUGUUCUCAGAUACCCAAAGAAAUGUCAGUCAAGAAAGGGCAAUUCUAAUGUGUGGUCUGCUAAGACCAACGACUUUCUUCCUGUUGCUUCACUAUUGUAAAAGUACACUUGUGGACUUCUGUGUUAAUUUCUAAACAUGGGCUGCAGAUGAUGUACUCUUGGGGCCUACAUUUUCUUAGAAUUGUAUGUGGGUUAAUAAACCCAAAGGCUUCUUGGGA